GUGUAACAUUGUGCUGCAAGUCAGUCAAUACAGUAAUUUAAGUCCUGUCAACUAUAAUGGAAAAGUAUGAAAAAUUAGCCAAGAUUGGAGAAGGGUCCUAUGGCGUUGUAUUCAAGUGCAGAAACAAAACCUCUGGACAAGUGGUAGCUAUUAAAAAGUUUGUGGAAUCUGAGGAUGAUCCAGUUGUUAAGAAAAUAGCACUAAGAGAAAUACGGAUGUUGAAGCAAUUAAAACACCCAAACCUUGUGAACCUCAUUGAGGUGUUCAGAAGAAAAAGGAAAAUGCAUUUAGUUUUUGAAUACUGUGAUCACACACUUUUAAACGAGCUGGAAAGAAACCCCAAAGGAGUUGCUGAUGGAGUGAUCAAAAGUGUAUUAUGGCAAACACUUCAAGCUCUUAAUUUCUGUCAUAAACAUAACUGUAUUCACAGAGAUGUAAAACCUGAAAAUAUUCUAAUAACUAAGCAAGGAAUAAUCAAGAUCUGUGACUUUGGGUUUGCACGAAUUCUGAUUCCAGGAGAUGCCUACACUGAUUACGUGGCGACACGGUGGUACCGAGCUCCGGAACUUCUUGUGGGAGACACGCAGUACGGUUCCUCCGUGGACGUAUGGGCCGCUGGCUGUGUUUUUGCAGAGCUUCUGACAGGCCAGCCACUCUGGCCUGGAAAAUCAGAUGUGGACCAGCUUUAUCUGAUCAUCAGAACACUGGGAAAACUAAUCCCAAGACAUCAAUCUAUCUUCAAAAGUAACCAGUUUUUCCAUGGCAUCAGUAUUCCUGAGCCAGAAGACAUGGAAACUCUUGAAGAAAAGUUCUCAGAUGCUCAUCCCAUGUCUUUGAAUUUCAUGAAGGAGUGUCUAAAGAUGAAUCCUGAUGACAGAUUAACCUGUGCCCAACUCCUGGAGAGCCCCUACUUUGAUUCUUUUCAUGAAGACCAAAUUAAAAGAAAAGCACGUACUGAAGGAAGAAACAGAAGACGCCAGCAGAAUCAACUGUUGCCUCUCAUACCAGGAAGCCACAUCUCCCCCACACCUGAUGGAAGAAAACAAGUCCUCCAGUUAAAAUUUGAUCAUCUUCCAAACAUUUAGGAAAAUGUUCUUUCAAGUGGAAAGUAAUUUAAUAUGUACACAUUUUUGUACAAGAGAGAUAGGGAUUCUCAGUGUUUCAAAUGCAAAUGAGCCAUAUGAAAAUUAAGAUGCCUUCUAGAAUUGUUUUGCUCUGAUCAUUACUGAUUCCUCUGCCCAUGCUUUUUACAUGCCAACUUUAUCUUUUAGAACAUUUUCUUUAAAUGUUAGAGUCUGAAACUGCACAUAUGGAGGAGACAUUUUCCAUUUCAUCAGAGCAGCCCUUCCAGAGGCAAUUUAGAGAAUUUGUGGGCCUGUACGUUGAUUUUUGGAAAAGAGUUACAUAUGUCAUUUUGGUUUACCUGACUACAUAAUGUCUUAGAGCAUUACCAAAUAGCUUGCCUAACUAUUGUUUGUAUAAGGAAUGACAUUAUGUUUCUGCAUUUUAAUUCAUAGUUAUUGUAACCAGGUCUGUUGAGUAAUGCUGGAUUUUAUAUUGGUGUAGGAAGGGAACCUGGAAAUGUCAUGUAGGUUUAUCCCUCGAUUCCAGGGAAGACUCUACUUUCUCUGUCUCAUGAGACAUUGAUGAUUCCAAUUUUAAAGCAAGCCAGAGAAAAUUCCAUACAUUUACAUAGCAAAUAAGGAACU